AUUCUGGGAAAUGUAGUCAAAUACAACAAAAACAGUGUUACAAAACAUCGAGUAGCUGGUUGUAUAAAGGGAAAUACGAUGCUCGCCAACUUGUUUCUCACAACUUGACUGCUGAAACGUCGCCUGCUGUUUUCUUUGAAGUACUCCUGUCUGACUCAGUCUUUAACUGUUAGUACUUCAAGUACGUUAAUUGUAUGCUGCUCUGCGUUUGGAGGAGUAAUCAGAGACCCGCUUCAGUUCUCUCCCCACUGACCAAGUCACUCACGGGUCAACUCAUCAUGUCGGACAAAAAGCGCAAGUCAACGUCUGCUGCUGCUAAAGGGCCGAGUGCGAAGCAGCGGAAGGUGGCUCCCGUGAAGGAGGAGAAGAACACGAGCGCUGGAGGCUGGCUGGAGGGGCUUCUGAAGCAGCACAGGACCGACAACAAGGAGAUGAAAUUCAACAAAAAGCGCCUCCGCCUUUUAUCUGACACAGAUAAGAUAAAACAGGACUCCGAGGGUGUCCUGUACUGGAUGCUAAGGGAACACAGAGGACAAGAUAAUUGGGCGCUGGUUCAUGCACAGCAGCUUGCUUUGAAGUAGAAGCUUCCUCUGCACGUCUGUCUGCCUCGUGGUGCCACAGUCCGCCUCGUGGUGCCACAGUCCGAGCUGUCCACCCCGAGACAUUACAGCUUCUUGCUGAAAGGUCUGGAUGAAGUUGCAACGGAAUGCAAAGCCUUAAACAUCCAGUUCCACUUACUUCAUGGAUCAGCGGGGGACAUCCUCCCUGGCUUGUCUCUGGGGGCCGUGGUGACAGACUUCACCCCCCUCAGAGAGCCACUGCAGUGGUUGGAGGAUGUUAAAAAGAGUCUUCCAGAGGACAUUCCCCUCAUACAGGUCGAUGCCCACAAUAUUGACCCCUGCUGGGUCGCAUCACCUAAGCUUGAGCAUGCCGCCAGGACGAUCAGAGGGAAAAUCACAAAGCUGUAGCCGGAGAUCCUCACCGAGUUUCCUCUGGUCGAGAGACACGCCCACACAUCCACAAGGACUGACAAACCAGUAGACUGGGACUCAACCCUGGCCUCCCUGCAGGUUGACCGAGCAGUAGGAGAACAGCCAGGCACCAAGAGAGGGAUGGCCAUGUUGGAGUCCUUCAUUGAUGUACGCCUUAAACUGUUUGACACUAACCGCAACGACCCAAACACUGCUGCCCUCAGCCAGCUGUCCCCCUGGAUCCGCUUUGGCCACCUGUCAGCCCAGCGUGUGGCGAUGCAAGUUCAGCACAGUGGGAAGUCUGCAGGUCAUUCUGUCGCCUCCUUCAUCGAGGAGCUGGUUGUGCGCAGAGAGCUGACGGACAACAAGAAAUAUGACUCCGUGGAGGGUGCGUAUGAGUGGGCUCAGAAGAGCUUGAAAGAUCAUGCCAAAGACAAACGGGAGUACCUCUCCACGCGGGAGCAGCUGGAGAACGCCACCACGCACGACAAACUGGAAAGGUGCUCAGGCUACCAGAUGGUCACUGAGGGGAAGAUGCAUGGUUUCUUGAGGAUGUACUGGGCCAAAAAGAUUCUCGAGUGGACGACCUCGCCAGAGGAGGCCCUGUCAAUCGCUCUGUACCUAAACGAUCGCUACGAGCUGGAUGGCCAGGACCCCAUGGCUUUUGCAGGUUGUAUGUGGUCGAUUUGUGGCAUCCAUGACCGGGGUUGGGGAGAGAGAGAUGUUUUCGGAAAGAUCCGCUACAUGAACUACAAAGGCUGCCUGCGGAAGUUUGAUGUAGCCGGAUUUGAGAGAAAAUACUGUCCUGUACAUGUUUGGAAGGAUGCGAAUACACUGCUGAUGGCCUAAAUCUCUGACAUCUUUACAUCAGGGAGUGAUUGUACAGCCUUUUUUAGGAUUUCAUCUUCUUUACUGCUUUUCUUGUCCAAAAAAUAGGUGCUAAAUCCCAAAUUCAGAGCAUAUCUCUGAUGGAUGGCGCUCAACGAGGCAGCGGCUGAGCCGUCGGCUCUAACAGCCGUCACAUUGUUAACAGCCACUACAAACAACGGCAACUGGGCUGACUGAGCGAACUGUCGAACAUGAGCUGUGACGCCGAUUUAUUGAGCAGAACGAGCUCAAUCUUUGCUUUGUUUCAUGCUAUCCUUUAUAUGACUUGUUUUGAAUGUUUGAUGUUAGUGUUGCAACAACUGAUUCCAUGACACACGAUGCUCCUUUAAGGAUCUCUGAGAGUUUGACUGCUCUUUCUUGAAAGCCAUCUUUUCUUACCAAACCUUUUUCUGUUCACUUGUAUUUCAGUUUCUUAAUUAAUUUACAAUUCUCCAGCUGUAAUUCAUCUGUAAAACCUGGAAUAAAGCAUCUGUUGCCUUUGA